AAUUUUGGUGUCCAAAUCUCGUUGAUGCAUCUAUUUCAGGAGCUCCAUGGUCGUUGCAUUGAUGCUGCCUGCAAUUCAUUGAAGCCGUUCAUGUCUAUUUCAUCCGCAGAGAGGUUAAAUUUAUGCUUAAAAGAGUCUCUCUUAUUUGCAGAGAGGGAGCAUCAACUAUCUGGAGCUUUGAUCUCCUCCCUUAAAAAUUGCAUUGUUGCCUUUUUCAAGGAAAUUUUUUUUUCUACUUCUUCCAUUGCUGGCAAUUCCAUUUUAAAGGAUCAGGUCGAGCCAUUUAUUAAUCAAUAUAUUAACCCUUGGCUUGAUAUUGUAGGCCAUUACUAUUUAACCGGAGCUUGGAAUCUCGCCUAUUACAGCGUGCUGCUUUACCUUUUAGACUAUAGCGAAUCAUCAUCUGAUAGUGCUAUUGGAAAUUUAAACAAGUAUUUGCAAGAUACCUCACAUUUAAGAUACACAUUUCCUUUUGUUCUCGUUGAGGAGUGCUGCUGUUCGAAACUUUUAUUUGCCGAAGAAUUCCAACACGCUGUUGCUAGUAAACUUUUGCUUUCAGCAUCUCUGCUUCAUCAACAACGAGAUGAGAAAACAACCAUCGACAGCCUUUUGAAUCGACUUUCCAUAUUAAAGUCAAUAUUGUUGAAUGGAAAGCAGGAAAACGUUCCGCCAACUACUCCCUCUUCUGCUUUUGUAUUUCUGUUUUUUUCGUGUGAAAUCAUGAUAUCUGACCUAUAUGUUAAGUUUUAUUCGAUAGAAAAAUCUUUUCAGUUUAAGCCAAACUGCCAAAGCAUUUCAAUAGGCCCCAUGGAGAUAUCUAUAUAUAGCCUUAAUGCCUCCUCUUGGCAGGAAAUUCCUCGUCCUCUUUCAGGAACUUCUAUAUUAAAAUUUACAUCCGCCCAAGUGCAAAGAAACGCCUUCAAAAUGCAUCCUUUAAUUUGUUUUGUCUUGAGGACUUUUCCUGAUAUUUUUGAGCAGAAAAUCAACCUGRGAAUGUACCUCGAAUGGUCUUUACUCAUCGGCACCAUCGACUUAUGCGUUUUGGAUCAAGUUUUUUUCGAGAUACCUUUGCUUUCUGCAAUCGUAUUUUUGAUCGCGAAUCAAGAAAACUUGGUAACUGUCAAUGAUAGCAAUACGAUCUCUUUUAGUAGGAUUGACAUCUUUGGGUUUCUUGCACCGAAAUAUUUCAUUGAUAUGGGCCCUACCGAUUUGGAAGAAAUAACUAACUGUAUUGCAUAUUGGAACCAUGUAUCUCAAACCAACUUAUCUUAA